AUUCAGUUUGUUUACUGACAAUUGUAAAAUAUAUAUAGAUGGUGCAGUCCGAUAUUUCUUGUAUCCCCGCGCAGUCUGGCAGCCCCAUCAGCAUUUGUUUUUAUUCCGUGUAGUAGUUGUUGUUUUUGUCAGUUACUCCGAAUCCGGAACGAUGAAUGUCCUGAGGCGCUUGGAGCGCCUUGCCGCCGCGAGCGGGAUUCGCCGCUCCACCGGAGUCUCGGCGUACCUAAGGCCGCGCCUGUGCCGGGCGCUUGCCACGAGCUCCGGCAGCAGUUCCAGCGGCAGCAAGUCCACCGUAAGUGCCGCUGAGGUUCGCAGCGUGGCCAAGAUCCUGCGCGAGCAGACGGGCAGCCUGGGCCAGCCCACCAGCGUCUCGCAUCCGCAUCUGAUCCGGCCGGACGAGCUAGUGCCGGGCGUGGAGCUGGACGAGCUGAAGGAGAGGCGGGAGCAGUUGAUGCAAAACAUCCGCGCCUAUGCCCGCAGCUUUGGUGGCGAGUACAAUGGCCACAGUAGCAGCUGUCACAUGCUCGUUCUGGGCGCCGCCUCCAAGAAGUACAUGAGCGGGAAGAUCCCCUACGUCUUCAGGCAAAACUCAGACUUCUACUACCUGACCGGCUGCCUGGAGCCGGACGCCGUGCUGUUGCUCUUCAUCGACGAGACCCAAAACGUGCACUCCGAGCUUUUUAUGCGCCCCAAGGAUCCCCAUGCCGAGCUCUGGGAUGGCCCACGUACCGGGCCCGAGCUAGCCGUGCCUCUGUUCGGUGUGACGGAGGCCCAUCCGCUGGACCAGCUGGAAAAUGUGCUGACCAAGAGGGCCGCCGACCUUAAGCCACAUCUCUGGUUCGACCAGAAAAGCUCCGACCUGCCGCCUCUGGUGGAGAACAUGCUGCGUCUGAGCAGCACGGAGCAGCGUCCGCUCCUGCCCGCCUACACCUUCCUGGAAGCCAUGCGGCUGCUGAAGUCACCUGCCGAGAUGCAGCUAAUGCGGCGCACCUGCGACAUCGCUGCCCGCUCCUUCAACGAGGUAAUGGCGGAAUCGCGGCCGGGACAGUCGGAGCACCAUCUGUUCGCUGCCAUUGACUUCAAGUGUCGCAUGCGCGACGCCAGCUACCUGGCCUAUCCGCCGGUGGUGGCCGCCGGGCGCAAUGCCACUGUGAUCCACUACAUAAGCAAUAGCCAGAUGGUGCAGCCACAGGAUCUGGUGCUGAUGGAUGCCGGCUGCGAGUAUGGCGGCUACACCAGCGACAUAACGCGCACAUGGCCGGCAAGCGGAGAGUUCACCGAUCCCCAGCGAACGCUGUACGAAAUGCUGCACCAGCUGCAGGCCGACAUCAUUGGGACCGUGAUGAGGCCCGGCGGCGAGACCCUGGACCAGCUGUUCGAGACCACAUGCUACAGGCUGGGCAAGUACUUGCAGGAAAUCGGUCUGGUAUCCAAAUCGCUGAGCGACUACAAGGAGCUGGCUGGCCAGGGCUAUCGCUUCUGUCCCCACCACGUCUCCCACUACCUGGGCAUGGAUGUGCACGACACGCCGCAUGUGCCGCGGAACACGCGCAUUGUGCCCGGCAUGGUGUUCACCGUGGAGCCGGGCAUCUACAUUGGCCAGGAUUGCGGCGAUGUGCCGCCAGAGUUUCGCGGCAUAGGCAUCCGUAUCGAGGACGAUCUGCUGAUAGACGAGCGCGGCCAAGUGGAGGUCCUCACGGAUGUGUGCGUCAAGGAUCCGCGCGCCCUGGAGGAGCUGUGCAAGCGAGACCAAACGAAGCCGGCUGCCUCAGAGUUGUUGUGAGGAGCUAUUCCUUGUUCCUUGUUCAUUUUAAAAUUCCUAGUCAUGUCCUGUCUUAAAGUUGGCUCGUUUAUUAAUGGCAAAUACAGUGAAUGAUUUGAA